AUGAAUCGUGGAUCCAUUGCCGCUGCUAGAUUCGUGGAUGGAUCACAAGAGUUCGAUGAUGAAGAGACUAUGGAGAUUGCAGAGAUUGUAGUUGAGUAUGACAAGUACUCGAGGUAUCUUAAAAAGAUUUCUCAACUUCCAAUCACGAUUAUAAGAAAGAAUAAAGAGGAUGGAUCAAAAGAAGGAGAAGGAGAGAUUUGUGUGGUUUGUCAAGAAGAAUACGAAGUGGGUCAAACGAUCGGAACAGUCAAAUGCGGACAUGUGUAUCAUGAAAAAUGCAUCAAGAAAUGGUUGGUGCAGAAAAACUUGUGUCCAAUCUGCAGGUCCACAGCCUUUUCAUGA